GAUUGACCGCAACAUGGGGGGGGUGGCGAAUGCAGCUGCAGGCAGGCACGGGCUGACGGGCAUCUCUCGUGUUAUAUAUAAAUAAAUACGCAUAAACACACUGGUAGUACAUAUCACACUGAUUGCUGAAGAUGAGUUCCUCCACGUCCAGCGCUCUCGUGCUAGCAGCAGCAGUGCUCCUAGCAGCACUGACCGUAGCACAGCAUGGCUCCCUCGCCGCAGCCGCCGGCCCCAGGGUCAUCAUCGUCGGCGCCGGCAUGUCCGGGAUCUCGGCUGCUAAGACGCUGUCGGAGGCCGGGAUAACCGACCUGCUGAUUCUGGAAGCAACGGACCGCAUCGGCGGCCGGAUGCACAAGAAGAACUUCUCCGGCAUCAACGUCGAGAUCGGCGCCAACUGGGUGGAGGGCGUCAACGGCGGCAAGAUGAACCCCAUCUGGCCCAUCGUCAACGAAACGCUCAAGCUCCGCAACUUCCUCACCGACUUUAGUGUCGCCACAAACAUCUACAAGGAGGACGGUGGCCUCUACGAUGAAGCUUACGUUCAGAAGAUAAUUGACCGAGCGGAUGCCGUGGAAAGUAAAGGAGAGAAGCUGUCUGCCAGUUUGCCCGCCAGUGGAAGCGACGACAUUUCAAUCCUUGCAAUGCAGCGCCUCUACGAUCACCAGCCGAACGGGCCGGCGACGCCGGUGGACAUGGUGGUGGACUACUUCAAGUACGACUUCGAGGGGGCGGAGCCGCCGCGCGUGACCAGCCUGCAGACCACCGUCCCUAACCCGACGUUCACCGACUUCGGCGAAGACGAAUACUUCGUCGCCGACCAUCUGGGCUACGAGACCGUCGUGCACUACCUCGCCGGCCAGUACCUCAAGACCGACAGCUCUGGAAAGAUCGUCGAUCCACGGCUGCUGCUCAACAAGGUGGUGACAGAGAUCAGCUAUUCUUCUUCUGGUGUCUCCGUGAGGACGGAGGACAAGUCGGUGUACAAGGCAGACUAUGUUAUGGUUUCUACAAGCCUGGGUGUCCUGCAAACCGAUCUCAUUCACUUCAAGCCCAAACUACCUACAUGGAAGAUUCUGGUGAUCUACCAAUUCGACAUGGCCGUGUACACCAAGAUCUUCCUCAAGUUCCCCAAGAGGUUCUGGCCUGUAGGGAAAGGAAAAGAGUUCUUCCUCUACGCGAGCACCAGGAGAGGUUACUACGCAGCGUGGCAGCAACUUGAGAAGCAGUAUCCUGGUGCCAACGCCCUUCUUGUGACCGUGACUGACGAGGAGUCAAGGCGUAUUGAGCAGCAGUCGGACAACCAGACCAAGGCAGAGAUCAUGGAAGUGCUGAGGAAGAUGUUCCCCGGCGAGGACGUCCCGGAUGCCACCGACAUCCUCGUCCCGAGAUGGUGGUCUGACAGGUUCUACAAGGGCACCUACGCCAACUGGCCAGUCGGUGUCAGCCGCUACGAAGUCGACCAGCUUAGGGCACCGGUUGGGAGGGUGUACUUCACUGGUGAGCACACCAGCGACAAAUACACUGGCUAUGUCCAUGGCGCUUAUCUUGCAGGUAUUGACUCUGCUGAAAUUCUCAUCAAUUGCGCCCAGAAAAAGAUGUGCAAGUACCUUGUCAAGGGCAAGUAUGACUAGAAGGCAUAAGCUCCAGCAAACGUCUCCUCUUGUUGCACCAAUGAGAAUCUACCUAUGGAUGUGCAUUUAUUUAUUUAUAAAUAAGUAGAUGACAGCCAUGUCUUGGCAUGUCUCUUUUCCUUGCUGUAAUAAGGCGGCUGAUUUAUAAAGCUUCAAUCAUUGUUACCAUCUAUGAUUUGUGAUUAAGUAUUCUGCUUAAGUAC